UAACCUGGAAAGUGGAACUCAAAGCAAAUCAAAGUUCUUUCAACCCUCUGAAAAUUCAUCGGAAAGAUGAUGCAAUCGGAGAACUUUACCCCUUUAUGGCCAUUCAACGACGGUCUGAUGGAUUCGAAAGACUUUGGUCUUAACAUGGAUGUUCGUUUUGAUGGUUGUUCUUCAUUUGCUACCAGAGAGGAGUCAUGUUUCUCUACGAUGUUAUCCGAUGUGAUUUUCCCAUACCCGACCUAUGGUUAUGAUGAUCAGCUUCAGGUCACAGUACCAUGGGGAGAAUUUUCAGUCCCCUUGGUGGAACUUGAUUCUAUGUUGACUGAUGAUGGGGUUGGUGAAGAAAGUUUUCUCUUGUCACAGUCGCAGCCGUGUUCCUCUCAGAGGCAAGAUGUAUGGAGUCCUUGUCGGUCGAGUGAGGCAUCGGUACAUACGACAACAGCGCGGUCUAUGCCGGGCCUAGGAGAAGCCAUGAUGGGAAUUGAAAACCAGUUGACCCUAUUUCAUCUUCUCACUGCAUACGGAGAAGCUAAAGAGAAGAACCAGACAGAGCUCGCAGAGGUGAUCUUAAGGUGCGUGAGCGAGAAAGGAAAUCCAGUUGGCGAAACCUUGGAACGGAUCGCAUUCAAUUUAUCGUCUCAAGAUGUUCAAAAUCAAAGAGUUUAUCUAAUGCAAGAGUCUAGCAAGAAUUUUGAGGUAGCCUUCCAGACUUUCUAUCAGAUAUUCCCUUAUGGGAGGUUUGCUCAUUUUGCUGCUAACUCGGCAAUCCUCGAAGCCAUACCGAACGAUAUAGACGUGCUACACAUAGUGGAUUUCGACAUCGGAGUGGGGAUUCAAUGGCCUCUGUUGAUCGAGGCAAUGUCAAUGCAACACAAGACGUUGAGACUGACAUCAAUAAGAUGGGGAGAGGAACACUUUGGACAGUCUCCAUGGAGGUUUCAGGACACAAAAGUGCAACUCUGCAACCUUGCUAGGACUUUCGGCCUAAAGUUUGAAAUCGAAGAAACGAGAAUCGAAGAUUUGGCGAAUGAGCUCGAGGGAACGAAGAAACGAGGUGGAAGUCAGAAAUGGUUGGCCUUCAAUUGCAUGGUGGGACUCUCUCACAUGGGCAAAAGCAAGAACAGGAAGCUUGUCAACAAGUUCCUAGACAUAGCUAAACAAGUAUUAGCAACAAACAGGGGAAUCAUAACACUUGGUGAUGGAGAUGCUUGUGAAAAACUGGAAGAUAGUUCCGGUUUCGGGGCAUUCUUCAUUGGACAAUUGAUGCACAACCGAGCUAUUAUCGAGUCGAUGGAAUUCGACAUCGCAAAGCACUUGGUCCAAGCAAGAACGGCAAUGGAGUGUCUGUUUGUAGGGCCUAAUAUCAAUGCCGAAGCUUGGUUCCAAAAAUGGGAAAACAUGAAUGAAACUUGCCAUUUUGUCGAUUUCGAGGCGGGGACGACUUUGGAAGGUUUGAAGGUGAGCAUAGAAAGAGUAAUGGAAGCUAAAGAAAUGGUUAGGGAGAAGGAUAAUUCAUAUGAGGUAAGAAUUGGAGGGAAUUCUGGGCAUGAACUGGCCUUGGAGUGGAGAGGAAAUAGAUUGGUCGAAGUCUCUUGCUGGAGAAAUUAAAGCUAAUUUUAUACGUACUUAGAUGUAAAAUACGAAUUAUUGAGGAAUUAUUUAUGUAUAAAUUGUAUAAAUAGAGAAAACGAUGAGUAAAUAGUUUA